UGAAAGAAUUUAUACUCUGUCAAGUGCGCGUUAAUCUUAUCAAAUUAGUCAUUAGAUGUGAUGACUUCUGUCUAACCCAAACUCUAACUCUGACAGAGCACAUCCAUCUUAAAUAUUGAAAGUGUAACAUUUUUUUUUAUCUUUAUCUAUCACAAUAUACAUGUUUUGAAUUUUUUGAAGGUUUUAGCUUUUCGUAAUCGCUCUUAUCUCAAAUUAUGAGAUAAAAUCAAAAUAAUACUGGUUGUGCAAUUCAAUAGGAUUGAUUUACGAUAUUAAAAGGAAAUGUCACAGAAUCGUGCAUACAUAGUAGACAAUGAGAAUGCGGUUGCAGACGUGAAACUUACAACCUCUGUAUCUGAAAGCAGACGAGAAAGAAAAGGAACAAGCUGCAAACAAAUAUGUUGCAUGCAGUUGUUUGUUGUUGUUGUAUUUGCUCUUGGAAUAGUAGGAGGAAUUCUUAUUGGAAUUUACGCUUACCAUGGCGAUUCCAAGAACAACAAUAUUGACGUCAACUGUCAGACUAACAGCCAAGAACAGGGAGGCAGCAAAUUGCAGACGACAAAAUCACCGGCCAAAGAACUACCGAAGGAACCUGGUGUAUGUCCGAAUCCGAACCCCGUACAAGAUACACGUUAUGAAAACUAUGUGUACGCGCCGCUUACAUCCACUGAAAUGAACAAGGUGGCUAAAUAUUUACUUCAACAAAGCAUCAUCUCAACUUUAGAAGAUCCCACAAGCCUUACACAAAGUUUUAUUCUCUAUCAAGCCCUACAGCCACCGAAUAAAGCAGAAGCUCUCGAAUAUCUGGACAAAGGCGGCGAUAAACCUAAACGUUACGCUAAAGUAACCGUACAACGUGGUCAUGUUCCGUCACCUGACGUAAUGGAAUAUAAAGUAGGACCGCUAGAUGGCACCACAAUGACCGCUGUCAAUAUGACAUUUCCCGGAUAUAUCCACUUCAACAGCCGACCGUACGAGUGGUUGGAAGUUGCAGCUAUGACAGACUUAUUACGGCCAGAUUUAGACAUACUAGCACCACUUAUAAGUGAAAGUUUCGAUGGUGCCAGAUUCCCUGAUGACAUAUAUUUCAACUUCUUUAAUGGUCCACCAAGCACAAAUGGCAAGGAACGAGAUACAAGAUGGAACAUCGCGUUCAAAGGAUUUCGACACGAAGAGGACGUCGAUCUGAUACAUAUCCUGCCUCUAAGCGGAAGAGUUCAUAAUCCGGGUACAGAUACAUCAAAAUGGUAUACCUAUGACUUUCACUACUUGAACCAAGGUCCCUUCAACACCUCCCAAGAAUUAAUGGCAGCCUACAAUUCCAACACGCUUAGAAAAGUCAAACUUGAGCCCGGGUUUAGGAAUACGUUGUGGGACCGUAUUUUUCCUAAACGUGACAGCAGCCUUCCUCUCCGUGAUCGUGCAGAUUCCCAGGGAACACGUGCAUACUACCCGACAGGACCAAGAUAUACUAUAGAAGGCACUCAUGUUAAGUGGAUGGACUGGAGUUUUGAUAUUAGCGGAAGCCAAAUGCGUGGACCAGCAUUGUUUAACAUAAAUUUUAAGAAUGAAAGAAUCAUUUAUGAGCUAGCAGUAAACGACAUUGCACUCAAUUACGCCAUGGACUCGCAUGCUCAAAAUAACAUAAUAUAUGCCGACGCUACAUAUGGCAUUAUGGGCGGAGAUUACCCAACGACAAUUAUGUCCGGGGUCGACUGUCCGGAACACGCGACAGUUUUGAACACAACAUUCUGGUGGCAUCCGACCCAGUCUGCAUACGAUAUGCGUUCGAUUUGUAUAUUUGAAGCAGACGGACAAGAUGCUCUUUGGAGGCAUGUCGGGAUAUCGUUUGAGGCGGGAUUAAGAAACAGACAUCUUAUUGUCAGGGCACCCGUCGUCGUUGGUAACUAUGACUACACAUUCGAAUUCCAUUUUUUCCUUGACGGCAAAGUUUAUACACAUGCCAAGGCAAGCGGUUAUAUACAGUCAAGUUUCUGGGACGAGUUCAACCCGAACUCACCUGACAAAACAAGGGACGCUUUCGGCUACAGAUUAUCAGACUAUGGUACAGGACCAGUUCAUGACCAUAUGUUCGGAUUUAAAGUCGAUAUGGACAUCAUUGACAAGAACAAUACUUUCCAAAUUGUAAAAUGGAAAGCGGGACCUGUCCUUGAAGCGCUUAAAACACAAAAUCCGAAUAUCACUAAAGCACCAGAAUAUUUUAUUUAUAACGAAACACGCUAUAUCGAAUGGGAAAAUGUUCAAAAGGAAAUUGGAAUACAAGAUCCAAGUGAACAGCAAUUCUGGUUGGUUGUUAAUGAACGAGAGAAGAACAAAUGGGGCGUAGAACGAGGGUACCAGAUAGCGCCAUUGGCUACAGGCGACCAGGCUUUGAAGACGCAUCCAUUAUUACAGGCUCUUUCUUUUACUAAGUACCAUUGCGCAGUCACGAAGCGCAAGGAGGAGGAGCAAACACUGACGUCAAUCUAUGACGUCAAUAGAAUGGAGCACGCUCAAGAAUAUCUAGACAAACACAUCAACGGAGAAAGCAUCGUGGACGAUGACAUCGUAAAUUGGGUUACUGUGGGCUUUUUACACGUUCCUACAACAGAAGACAUGCCAAUGACGGUGAAAGUAGAGACCGGCUUCAUGUUGAGACCAUUUAAUUUCUUUGAUAGAACAUCUUCCUUUGAUAUGCCGGAACAUGCCGAGACAAGGGACGGAAUAUUAAGGGAAUCAGAACCAUCAUUUGAACAAUGUUCGGAACCGAAAACAGAGUACUGUCGUUUCUGUUAAUUGUCACACAAUUUCUUUGCAUGUUUAUAAAGUGCCUAAAUGUUGACUGAAUUCUAAUCUUAUAGUGAAAAAUGCAUUCCCUGAAACUCUAAAAACCGUGGAACGAUAAGGUUACAUAAUAUAAUGCAUUUCACAUGAAUAAAAUUGCUUUUGAAAUGUAUCUUGUUGAUGCAUAUGUAAUAUCUUGUUGAUGGAUAUAUAAUACCUUGGUGUUGGGUAAAGAUAAUUUGCUGAUGGGAAUUUAAUGUCUUAUUGAUGGAUAUGUAAUAUUUUGUUGAU